GAAAUAGGGAUAAUACAUUAUUUUCGUAAUGUCCUUAUAAAAUACAAAAAUUGGUGGAAUUUAUUUAUCGUUCUUUCUUUGCAGAAAACAAUGACGAGAAGAAGAGUUCGAGCAACUGAUGACCGUCAAUGAACCAAUAAUUUUCACAGGACUGUGUGUUUGCUGCAAGCUCAAGGUUAAGGCUGUUUAAAUGGAGAUACCCAGAAAAGAACAGGAUUCUGAACCAUCAUUUUCCAAUGUUUAUGAACUACCAGGAGAGCCCGCUAUAGUAAUUAAUGGGGUGCCUGAUAUACCUGCUUGUGACAAUGCCAUUGCCCUUUGUAAUUCUCUGAAUGAUGAGAAAUUACUUGGAAGUACAGGUUUUAAUGAGUGGUUAGAAGGGAGAGUUGUAAACAAAAUGUUUGGUGAUCGGUAUUACUAUGGCGUCAUAAUCAAGUUCGACAAAGUUACGGGAUGGUAUAGAGUGGAGUAUGAAGAUGGAGAUUUCGAAGAUCUCGAUUGGCAUGCGCUCGAAGAAGUGCUUUUGCCCAUGGACAUUACAGUUCCAUUAAAAGCCUUAGCAUUGAAGACUCUGAAGAGAAGCAGGAAGACCCGGAGAAACAGGAAAAACAAGACCGGAAAUAGACGGAGCGAUUCCAAAGAAAUAGAUGGCAGGAGGAAGAAGAGGGAAAAUAAAGUUGUAUUACCAACAGAACCUACAGCCUGAGUUCUUUUGUUUCUUUUAAGCUUAUGGCUCAGCAAAAGUAGCUGCUGCCUUUGAUUGGGAGUGGGGUUUAUGAAGAAAUUUAGUGCUAUAUUCCAUGGGAAAAGGGUGGAAACUGUGUGUUUUGGCACUCAUUUUUGUUCAUGCUUUGCUUUAUCCACAUCUCAGCAGGUAGUUCUAAUGAGAAAUUUUGUUCGAAUUGUUUCUCGAGAUUUAAUAAUCAGAUUUAGGAGAUGGACAAAAAAUCAAGUGCUUUCUUGCACAAAUGUUCUCAUAAAUUCAUCCACCAAUUUAUUACCAAUUCACUACUACAAUUUUGAGA